UCUGGAAAAGGGAAGCCUUGAAUGUUUUAAAACAAACUCAAACAAUGGCUAAUCCUUCAGCAGAGAAUAAUAGCAAUAGCAUUGCUAGCAGUAUUAGAUUAUUAGGAACCAGUGCGAGUGGACUUUUAGGAUUUGGAAGUGGUGUUUCCGAUAUUUUUAAUGUCUCUGGAAUUGAAAAAACGAUGGGCCAGCUUGUUGGAAAGCAUGUAGAUG